AUGCCUGUGACGAUAAAUGCGGUCAACUAUGUGGAGCACGCGGUGUCCUCUCUUCAAGGUGCUUCGCAAGUGGUGCCAUCGACAGUUGCGUCUGUGGCACCCAAGGUAAUCCCUCAGGUUCAAAGCCCGUACGUCGGGCGCCUCAGAAUGAUUCCUGUAGACCUGCAUGCGCCCAAGAGUGUGGGAAAGCCGGUGUCCUGGAAGUAA